AUGCUAAUGAAAGUGUUUGCAGGCUUGAGAUUAAAAUGCUUGAAAGUAAAAGCUGUUUCCUCCGAAACUGGAAAGGUUUGCUCUUUUAACAUAAGCACAUCUUUUGACCUUUUGAAACAUAAGUCAACAUUAUAUAUGGUAUUAGUUGUCGCAUCCUUGCCUUUGACUAACAUACCACAUGUUGGCUUAUCACUUAUGUUUCAAAAAUAGAUAAAAUAAAUGAUGGAUGACAUGUAUAUACACACACACACAAAAUGUCGUUAGUAGUCUCCCGUUUGAGACAAUAUAGCACAAAUGCUCUAUUGAUGGUGAAGUGAAUUUACACAAAUAUGUAACAGUUUCUAUUUUGGUAUCUAUUGAAAUAAAGUUUACUGACAGCUAGACAACCUCAUCCUCUAAAAGACCAACAAUAAACCUCAAUCCGUUCGAAUGGGCAUGCAACUGUAAAUAUUUUCAGCCGGAUCUUUGCUUGUAGAACAGUGUCGAGAUCAACUAUAUAUGAUGAUUAUUCACUUUAUAUAUCCAACAUACCUAAUUAUAUUUUACCAAAAAACAAAAAAUACCUAAUUAUACGUUCAUAACAACAUGAAAAGCGUUUAGCAACAGGGUUCAGACCCUGAUCCCUAUCUAAAAGGAUAUUCUGAAAUUGAAAAACCAAGGUCUGGGACACAAUGAGGAUACUCGAAUGUGAAAAGGAAAUGGGGACAGUUUCAACAAAGAUCUUAGUACUAGCCAGACCUGACAGGUUCUGAGAUUGACAGGUCCUAUAGUGAGUUAGUAUCAGGGAGUAUGGUUAUCGGCUGCAACUCCAAAAUUUUCAGUUAUAGCUUGGCUUGCGAUCCGAGAUAGACUGGCCACGGGGGAGAGAGUCUUGAGAUGGAACCCGCAGGGAGAUGCAACAUGUGUGCUCUGUAAUGGUACAAUGGAAACGAGGGAUCAUUUAUUCUUUAAUUUGAUGCCCCUAUUCUGAAGCGAUAUGGCAGAAGUUAACUACGAAGCUGGAUGGUGCGAGGAACACAACUAUCUGGUCUGAGCUACUUGAUCUGGUGAUGGACAAGACAAGGGAUAGCACAGUUUUAUUUCUUAUUCGAUAUACCUUUCAGGUUGUGGUAUACUCGAUGGCCAGAGAAGAACAAUAGGAGACAUGGCGAAGCUCCACAAAGCGCAACUCAAAUUGUCUAGUAUAUUGACAAACUGGUCCGGACCCGCAUCGACUCACUACGAAGACAUGACAACGGACGAUAUAGCAAAGCUAUGGGAGUGUAGUUUGCUACUAGAUGAAACUUUUUUUUUCUUUAAUAAUUUAAAAAAUUCAAAUUCCUUAAAACAAUGACACAUUGUACAAAAGUAUUUUUUUUGUCUUGAAUAAAUUUAACACUCAUUAAAAGAAGUGUUUAUUAGCAACAAAAAAAAUAGUUUUAAAUGUGGUUGUGGCAUGUUUAAAAAAAAAAAAAAUUCCGAGACGUGUUUCAGAUAAAAAGCAUGUAAGAAAAUGCUGUAUCCAGGAGGACUGAAUCAUCAUGAUAUGUACAGUUGAAAAUAUUUGACACCGUGCAAAGGAUGCCUAGUACUUUGUGAUCGCACGGUUUGACUCUAGUCGCUACUUUUCCUCUGUUUUCUUACAUAUUUUUCUCUGUUGUUCUUUAGCAAAAGUAGAGCUGUGCUCGUCACUCUUAUCUAUCUUUCCAUGUCUUUUGAUUCCUUAGUCUAGGAUCAAAAAAUUGUACAAUUCUUUUUGUUGUUAUAAAGUUAACAUUUCAACAAAAAAAAAUUAGAGUUGAAUAUAUGUUGCCUUAAAAAAACACUCAUUCUACAUGUCACUUUGAAACUUUCACAUAGAUUAAAAAAAUAAUUUGAAUGUAUUUAUUUUUUUAUUAAUUGCAUUUCGUAAUUAAUAUUAAACUUAAAAUAAGUAUAAAUUGCAUCAAAAUUCUAAAAUAACAUUUUUGUGUCAUAAAAAGUAUUAAACUGGCCCUUUCUGUGAAACAGAUAAAUUUGUUUUAUAUUUGAAUAAAAGUGCAUAUAGAAAAAAGAAAAUAUCAAAUGUUUCAGGUUUAUGAUGUCUAAUAUUUGUGCUCAUCAUGUUUCACCAACUGAAAUAUCAAAUGUUUAAGAGAUCAUAUCUAAGUUUUGCGCUCAUCAUGGUUCACCAAUUGAUGUAUCAAAAAUGUAAUUAAGCCUUUAUAUAUAGUCUGAUGACACAGUUUUAUGCCAAUCAUAUAACUCUGUGUGAAUGCAUUAAUUUUUGUUGUUGUAAAAAAGAGGAGACAAACUCUAUGUCCACAACACAGACUUUAAUUUUUUUUUUUUGUUUAAAACACAGACUUUAAUUUCUGAUUCAAAAGUUUCUCCAUGUUUGAGAAAUCGUACCAAAAACUCCCUUCGCACUUCCUUUUUUUUUUUAACACUUACAAGUGUCAUAAUGCGGUCUUACUCCUUUAGAUAUCACUUACAAGCUAAGCGAGGACUUCUCUAGUGGGUAGAAAUGGUAUUACCAAAAACAAUUUAUCAAGAAAUCCAAAUAGCAAAUGGAAUCCACAUUUUCUUUUGAGCUUACGUUUACUCCCCCACCACCAGCCUGAUUAAUUACAUCAAUACCAUAUUAAAGAUAUAUAGAUACAUUCGUACCUAUCAAGUUUACAUUCUUACGUAUCAAAUAUAUCUCUUGCUCACCAAGUCUAUAUCUCUUGCAUGUCAAGCGUAUCUUCCUUAUUUAUAAAGUCUACAAUAUAUAUAUUUUACAUUCAUUAAUAAUACUAGUUAUCAAUGUACGAAACUUAUACGGUACUAUAACAAAACUCGAUAUAAUCAUUAUAGUGGGUAGUAAUGAUAGAUGAAUAGCUGGAUCACCAUUCACCAAACACGAAUAUCACAUUGUAUGAUUGUGGAAAGAGUUUGGUGAAAUGAUUAAAAUGUUUGUUGAAUUUUGGGCCUAUAAAAUACCUAACAUUGGGUUACACCCCCUUAUCAUCUGCUUCAUUUCUCUUCACGCUUGAAAACUCAGUUCUUCCUAUCUCUCUGUUCUUUAAAUCCAUUGCCGUGAAAGGAGGAGUAGAUAUGUAUAGCUCGCUUGAAACGACGGCUCCGGCUACGUUGGAACCGCAAGAAACAUCGGAGAAAGAUUUGCCAAUAACUGGAGGAGACAAACUGUUACUGAAAGGUUUAAAGUUUUACGGUUUCCAUGGAGUCAUUGCAGAAGAAAGGACAUUGGGGCAGAUGUUUCUUGUUGACAUUGAUGCGUGGGUGAGUCUUAAAAAGGCUGGUGUGUCUGACAACUUAGCAGAUACAAUCAGUUACGUUGACAUUUUCAGCAUAGCUAAAGAAAUUGUUGAAGGGCCACAACUAAACCUUUUGGAAGCAGUAGCGGAACGCAUCGCGUCCAAAACGCUUGAAAAGUUUCCUCGGGUAACUGCUGUUCAAGUGAAGCUAGUGAAGCCAAAUGUUGCACUUAUCAAGAGCGGUAUUGACUACUUAGGUGUCGAGAUUUUCCGACAGCAAAAACACUAAUUCAAGGAAACUGAUGAUAUCCUUCUAAAGUUUGUGUUCAAUAAUCCUUUGUCCAGACAAAGAGAAUUGUAUCCAUGAAAUGUAAUUAUCAUAUUUUUCUUUCAUUAUUUUGCUCUUUGAUAUCAA